UCAUAACGUCCUGCAAGGGUAAAUUUUUGAAUCGCAAGGGCCCUUAGUGACAGUCCGCGCUGAGACCCCUAUCAUCAUCAGUUUGCAAACUGACUCCGCCUCAGCUCGUCGGCUUCUUUCUGCCUCUCCUGUCCCCUCGCUAGUUAUCUGAAUCCGAGUCUUUACGCCACAUAUAGGCACUUGGGGCGUAUCUGAGGUUUCUCCAGUUUGACGCUAUCCAGUUUCACCUCUCGCAAACCAGGUCUCCUCAUGGCCUCUACUUCCAACGGUGAAAGUACCCGGCAAGAAAUGCAUAGAAAUGCCCCAGCGUAGGGUCCACGCAUCAUCCUUCUCUCGUUCACAUGUCUCUCCCGUCAACGUCGAAGAACCCGGCCGCAGGUUACCCCACAUCCAUCAGCCGCCAGUGGAACUGCUACAACAAGUAUUCUUGCUAGUUAACGACGUGACAGACUGUCCCAGUAUCUUCUCAGUUGGAGAGACUGCCAUUUUGGUCAAUAUUGCCAGCCCUCCCCUAGUCCUUACCAGGGUGUGCCACCGUUGGCGAGUUGUUGCACAUUCAACGACAGGGGUCUGGUUGCGUAUCCAGGUUGCACUCCCUGAGCGAAUUGAACCAUUUCUUCCAUAUUCCUUCCAGUGUUGGCUUGCCCGCUCUGGUAGUAGGCCCCUCAUCCUUCGUAUUGUUCAAGUUCCACUCCAAAUCCACCACACCUGCAGCACACACCCUUGGCCAAUGCCAGAGGCAGGGUCCCGACUUCUUGAUAUCCUCCUGUCUGAGAGCAAGCGUUGGGAAACGGUGGUUGUUAUGUCAUCCGAUGUGCACGACUGGGGUCGUGACUUCGACACACCUCAGUUGAGUACCUUGGAGUGUUGCUAGGCAAAUUUCAGCAGAUUCAAUGCACCUAUUUUUUCUCGCCUACGCAUCAAUUACCUUGCGCACACCCCAAACAGAGAGCUGCACAUUCCUACUCGCAAAAAUC